AUGAACACCAUCCGCGCCAUCCAAAGACUCAACAAACGCGAACUCGAAGCCGGCAUCAACCCCGAAGGCUCCUGGCACACCGACUACCGCGACACGGCCUUCAUCUACGUAGGCGACCUCCCCUUCGACCUCUCCGAAGGCGACAUCAUCACCAUCUUCUCGCAGUAUGGCGAACCCGUCUGGAUCAAGCUUGCUCGGGACAAGGAGACGGGCAAGUCGAGGGGUUUCUGCUGGCUAAAGUAUGAGGAUCAGAGGAGUACGGAUUUGGCGGUGGAUAAUCUGGGGGGUGCGCAGGUGUUGGGGAGGACGUUGAGGGUGGAUCAUGCGAGGUAUAAGCCUAGGGAUGAUGAGGAUAUGAGGGAUAAUACUAUGGGGGAUGUUGUGGAGGAGGAACCGGAAAAGAAGAGGAGAAGGAGAGGGGCGAGCGAGACGGAGACGGAGACGGAGAGCGAGGAGGAGAGGCCGCUUCUAAAGGAGGAGCUUGAGUUGCGGAAGCUGAUAAGGGAGCUAGAUGAUGAUGAUCCCAUGAAGGGAGCGCUGGUGAAGAGGAAGCGGGAGGAGGCGGAGUCAGCGGUCGCGAAGUAUGAGAAGGCGAGAAGGAAGGAGAAGGAGCGCGCUAGGCGUCACGACAGGCGUCGGGACCGAUCGAAGGAUCGUCGACGCGACAAGUCAAAAGAUCGCGAGUACCGUCCCCGGAGCAGGUCAAGAGACAGCGAUAGUGGACAUCGAGACAGGUCAAGCGACCGCAAUGACCGCCGCCGGAACAGAUCGAGAGACCGCUAUGAAUAUCCCCGAAACAGGUCAAAGGACCGUAGCGAGCGCCGCCGGAGCAGUUCAAGAGACCGUUACAACGACCGCAGACAUCGUGACAGAGACUAA